AUGGGUUUCUUUGGAAAGCUGAAGCGAAAGGUCAAGAAAAAGAAGGAACCGCAGACGAAACAGAACAAGAACAUACCAUCAGAUGAUAUCCACAAAGAUGGCGACUCCCUCACCAAGGCUUCGUCUUCCAUGUCGUCAUCCACAAAGAAUGAAGCAAACAUGAAGAAGGGAAAGAAGCUGGGAAAUAUUCGUUCCUCAGACGUUACCAUGGACCAACUGCCACAUCUUCUCAAGGACCUCGAAGAUGGAACGGAUGAAACACGUGUCAAGACUUCCAAAGCCCUCAAGAUGCUAUUUGCAUUGUCAGAACACCCAGAAUCACGCAAUCGCAUUGAAAUGGUCCGAUAUGACAAUGGAAGAAUUGUGUCCGCAUUGCUCAAUGUUCUUUGUCGAUCCACUCAAAAGAGCAACGAAAAGUACAUGGCCUUGCUUGUUCUGAACAAUAUCAGCAUCCCGGCGGAAAACAAGCAGGUUAUCGCUAUUGUGCAUGAUGGGGGAAGGGUAUUGUCCAAGCUAUUGUGUGACGACCCUUCGUGCCAUCUCAUUGCCAUUAUUCUCGUGAAUCUAUCCUUUGCAGAUACCGAGGUACUUGAGGAAUUGGUCUCACUGAAGGCAGAUACUGGUUUGGUAGAGGCUUUGUCAUUUGCACUGCAUAUUUCGUCGUGGUCCACGGAAGAAUUCGAAACUCAGCAAGUGGUUUUGGAAAAAGGAGUCCACAACGAAAUGACACCCCAAGAACGCCUGGAUUUACUAAUUACAGAGGAGGAAAAUCGAACAUAUGAUAGCGAUGCCAAAUUCAUACCAGAGCAGGAAAAAUAUCCCGAAACUGCUCGUUGGUGUCUAUCUGCACUGAAGAAUUUGUCCCGGGUUGUGAAGGAUGCAUGUACAGUACAAGCUCUAGUUCAUCCUAUGAUCUUGAAUGAUAUUCUUAAGUACAUUACCAUUGCAGAAAUUGUCCUCCCGCAUUCGGAAAGCCAUGGUUCGGAUUCGUCGGCAGAAACCCCAGUACCCAGAGAGCCUACCGAUGAACUUAUCAAUGCCCCUUAUCUUUGGGAUGCCAAUUCCAAGCAAGACGCAGCAUUAUAUAUUCUCAUGAAUCUCUGUGCUUGUAGCGUUUCUCGGGUUGUCUUGAAGGAUUCGGACGCAAUUGAAGUCUUGCAGCAAAUUGUGGACAAUGCUAACGUAUUGUGCAGCAAGAAAUCUCUCUCCACACGGGAACGAAGCCAGCAAGAUUUGCAAUGCCUCAAGUCACGAAUGGCUAUAGGCUUUUUACUUGGAUUUGAGGGAAGCUUUGGCCAUGCAAAGAUGAAGUCUACGUCUUCGACGGUUGCAGCCAACGCUCCAGAAUCACCAAUGGUCAUGACGGAGUCGGACGCCGAACUAUUGGUAGAGUUCUUGGCGCGAUCGCUGCAUUUGCGGGGCAAAAAAGGCGCUGCAGCUUUUUCAGCGACAGCCAUGAGUACUGGAUACAUUUUGUUUGGCUUGCGUUGCCUCAUGGUCCAUACCUCCAAUCAAGAGCUGCUGGUCAGAGUGGCUGGACGCAUUUUGAACUCGCUCUUGAUGAAAGCGAUUGCCAUUCAUACCUCGCGACCGAGUGCAAUGGUCGAUGCAAAGGCUGCAGAAGACGCAUGUUUCAGUCUUUAUCUCCUUUCGAACUAUGGUUUCAAGAAUCCCUUCCUUCCCUCUUGGUUGGAUGACGAAGACGAAUCAUUGAGCGUGUCAGCGAAAGUGGUGAAAUCAUAUCUUGACAUGCCAAGCGUUACGCCACUGGGCAAACACUCUGCUGAACAACUCCUGUUCCGUCUUAAGUUUUUGGUAUUCGAAGGUGAAGUCUUCGACCUUAUUCCACAAAACGGUGAGUUGGCCGUCACUGAUAUCUUCUUUGAAGACGACAUUAUGGAUGCCAUGUCGGAGGUCCAAUUGCAAUUUCGUCUUCAUGGUGCCAGACCAAAAAAGGAAAUCUUCGAUCGAAGCAUUCUCAGACGACGAAAGCCAAGAGACGGGAAUACCGCCGCACCAUGGGACAAUGCCGCCUCUGUUGCUACUUUUUCAUCAGCAUUGCAGGCAGUGCAGCAGUUAUCUUUUGGAAGCUCGAAAGUCCGACAUGUGGAUGGCAUUGAUGACGUUAUGAUUGCCAACAAUCUAGCAAAGUGCGCAAAUGGACAGCGCACUGAGGCGUAUGGCUUUAUGUGGAGCUGGGAAGAUACUGCGAAUGAAAUUCAGCUCAAUAUGAAGCGUCGUGGAUCCCUGAAUGCUGACUUCCAGGAGCCAGGAGCCUCAAAUAGUACCUUUGCUUCCAAUGACACCUCUUCAACGAUUUUUUCUCGACUAUUUACAUGUGGAAAUGUUGAGACAACCGCCUAG